UCCCAUGGUGACACGCUGAAUCAAGGAGAGCGAACGAACGUGAGUCUGAGCCAAUCGUUGUUGACUUCAAUUUUUUCCAAUCGAAAUGAGAGAGAAAAUACAAUCUCCCAGUACCUUCUGCCAAAGCUCUUAGUUCAGUAAAACUGAUCACUGGGAAGAAGCUAAACAAUGGCAGUGAGGGAAAAACGUGAAUUGUGCAGUGUUAUCGACUUUUCUUCUUUUUGGUCAAGUUAUUAACCGAAACACAAUUGAGCAGCAUUUAUUUGGAUAACAACGCGCUUUUGUCGGGCUGAAUAACUGAGUAUAAACUGGAUAAUAAUCUAGAGAAGUGACGGAAAGAGCGAGCCUUUUGAUUACUUGGAUGGAGGGUAAACAAUUUUGUAGGCUCUCACUCACUGUGGAUUAACUCAGCGCGGAGGCAGAGCUGGGAAAGUGCACGUAAGGUGCAGCGGUGCAAAGGUCUCCCUGCUGAGAUUUGAUCUGAGUUCCCUAUAGCAGCCACUUUAUCGCACUCGGCUGCAGAGACGUGUGCUCAGCUAAAUUGAGCAAGCCGGUGUUACUGCAGAGAAAAGCCUAUACUGUUGUGAGGCACGUCGACGAGCGGCAGGAGAAUGGCAAGGUCUUCGGCGAGUCUGUGGGGAAAGCAAACGCCCGUUUUUCAGAAAAGGAUUUUAUCAAAAUGCGUUGAAAUUUGACUGUCUUCGUGUGGGUUUUCUUGGAUAUUUAUUUAAAACUGUGAAGAAAAGAAUCACAAGUGGAUUGGAUUUUGAGGGGCACAAAGCGAUGGCAUAUGAAAGGAUGGGCUGUGCGGAGUUGUGCGCUAUAAUAUCCAGCGCACCUUGUAUCUAUAAAAUUUAACCAAAAUCCAAUGGGGCCAAACCUAAUAGGAACAUGGGAAAAUAUGAAAUGUGAGAACAAUCUAUUCCCCUGACCCUCGGUGCUCAGAGCUGGGCUCACGUUCCUUCUUCAAGGUUUUUGAAUCUGACUUACAAUGGAAAAACUGCUUGUCUGUCUGUUGGUUUUCGGAAUGGCAGUGAAGGCCCAGAUCUGUCCAAAGCGCUGCGUCUGUCAAAUUCUGUCUCCUAACCUAGCAACCCUAUGUGCCAAAAAAGGACUUCUCUUCGUCCCACCGAACAUUGACCGGCACACCGUGGAGCUGCGGCUGGCCGACAACUUCGUCACCAGCAUCAAGAGGAAAGACUUCGCCAACAUGACCAGGUUGCAGGAUCUCACCCUGUCAAGGAAUACCAUUAGCUUCAUCACGCCGCACGCAUUUGCUGACCUGGAAAACCUCCGUGCCUUGCACGUGAACAGCAAUCGUCUGACCCGGAUAGCCAAUGAAACCUUCAGUGGCAUGUCCAAACUGCACCACCUGAUCCUGAACAACAACCAGCUGACACUGAUCCACCUCGGGGCUUUUAAUGACCUGCUGGCUCUGGAGGAGCUGGACCUAUCCUACAACAACCUGGAAUCCAUCCCCUGGGAGGCUAUCCAGAGGAUGACCAGCCUUCACACCCUCAGCCUGGACCACAACAUGAUUGAGUACAUUCCUGAGGGGACAUUUUCUCUACUCCAAAAGCUCAACCGCUUGGACGUAACCUCGAACAAGCUGCAGAAGCUGCCCCCGGAUCCUCUGUUCCAGCGGGCACAGGUUUUGGCCACCUCUGGAAUCAUGAAUCCUUCCUCAUUUGCACUUAGCUUCGGUGGAAACCCACUGCACUGUAACUGUGAGCUGCUGUGGCUAAGGCGACUGAGUCGAGAGGAUGAUCUGGAGACGUGCGCCUCACCGCAGCACCUUUCUGGACGGUACUUCUGGUCCAUCCCGGAGGAGGAGUUCCUAUGUGAACCUCCUCUCAUCACCCGAUACUCUCAUGAGAUGCGGGUGCUGGAGGGCCAGAGGAUUUCCCUGAGGUGCAAGGCCAGGGGGGACCCUGAGCCUGCCAUACACUGGAUCUCUCCGGAGGGGAAGCUGGUGUCAAACUCCUCCCGAACGCUGGUCUACGCCAACGGCACCCUGGACAUUCUGAUCACUACUGUGAAGGACACUGGGUCUUUCACAUGCAUCUCAUCCAACCCAGCAGGUGAGGCGCAUCAGACUAUGGAGCUGCAGAUCAUCAAACUCCCACACGUCCCUAACAGCACCAACAACAUCCAGGAGCCUGAUCCCGGCUCAUCGGACAUCUCCACAUCCACCAGGGCUGGGGCCAACGGCAGCAACCACACUGGGGACACCAAAACCAGUCCUGAUAAGAGGGUGGUGAUUGCUGAGGCCACAUCCUCCACAGCACUUAUCAAGUUCAACUUCCAGAGGAAUAUACCUGGGAUUCGCAUGUUCCAGAUUCAGUACAAUGGCAGUUAUGAUGACUCUCUUGUUUACAGAAUGAUUCCCCCUACAAGCAAAAACUUCCUAGUGAACAACCUGGCUGCUGGGACAUCCUAUGACCUGUGUGUUCUGGCCAUCUAUGACGACGGAAUCACCUCCCUCACAGCCACCCGUGUGGUGGGCUGUGUCCAGUUUACCACAGAGUCAGAGUACUUGCGCUGUCACUUCAUGCAGUCCCAGUUUUUGGGAGGCACCAUGAUCAUCAUCAUCGGCGGCAUCAUUGUGGCCUCUGUCCUCGUCUUCAUCAUCAUCCUCAUGAUUCGCUACAAGGUCUGCAACACCAGUGACUCUGGCAAAGGAACUCUAGUCACCAACGUCCACUCGCAGACCAAUGGGGCACAGUCUCAGGGGUGCACCGUCACACCUUCUGUGUCGAAACAUGCUAUGGGAGGACAGGACGGAGCGGGUGGAGAAUGUCUGAAGGCGGCUGGUCAUCUGCCAGAUACACUAACACACUCGUCGGAGACCUCUCUCCCAGACUGCUCCACUGCUACAUCCCUGGAUAGCCAGAGCCGGAAUACUCCUGGCUCCUCAGGGACCCUGAAGCCAAAGCGGAAGCCUGCGCCAAAGCCAUCUGCUGCUGCUGCCGUCCCUGAGCCCAAGAUAGAGGCCCUUCCGAAUGCUGAGACCCAGAACACCAACCUUAACAAUUCCACAACUCUGCAGCAGCCCCCUGCUCCUGUAUAUCGAACCCACCUAACCUCCUCACACGUCAAGGACACCCCCAUAUUGAGACGUGUGCACCGCAGAUCCUCCUCCAAGUACCUGACCUUACCGGUGGAAGGGAUGAGGUCCAAACGUAGGUAUUCACUAAACGAGGACUCGUCCAAACACCACUACUGCUACAUUGGGGCCACAAAACUUGGGAAUAUGUGGUCUAAGCGUAGUGUGUCUAUGAAUGGGAUGCUACUUCAACAGGAAGAUAUGGACAGUGGCAAGGCUACAUUUUCCAGUUCAGAGUGGAUUCUAGAAAGCACUGUGUGAGCGUUCCGUUUGUAUGUACGUCUGUGAUUGAAUGUGUGUAAGAGUGGGGAAAUCUUUUUGAACCAUUUUUCCCUCAUACAUUUUUUCUCUACGGGUUUCAGUUUACAUAAUUUUUUUCAUUCUUUAAACCAACAGUUCAAAGGAUGCUUGCCUUGUAGGAAACAGAAUUGCAUCCAUGUUGUUCUCCAGUGGGUUGAAUCUCCAUCAGGGAUCAGAGUUCAUGUCGGCAGCAAUCCAUGCACUGUUUUCAUACCCAUACAAAAAUUUAAUUAAAAAGGAAGAGAAUACUAACACGUCUGACCACUUCCAUAGUAAAUACACUUAUUGUUAUUGUUGUGGCAAGAGAACAGCAUUGGUGCCUUCCUCUGCAUAACAGUUGUCCUCCUGCCAAGAGCACCAUCAGGUAUUCAGCUGUACCUGAGAGGGGAUGUGGGAUCAAGAGGAACAAGAGAAAUUUCACAAAAAGCCUUUAUACUACAAGGAAAUAACAUUUCCAGCAUAGAGAGACAAUGCAAGAAACAACUUUUAAAGGCUUGUUUCUGAACCUCUUAAAUUGAUAUUUUUUAAAAGAAAAUACAAGCUUUCUUUUCAUUAACAUUGAAAUUGCCUUUAUUUUAAGGCAGAAAAAAGUCCUGUACAGAGAAACAACAUCUGCUGUGUUAUGUUGUGUAAAAUUAAAACAAUUAAAUAAGUAUA